GGUGGAUAUUAGGGUUGUAUAACUAGUAUAUGUAAAUAAGUGCGGUGUUGUGACGCUUACCGCACAGACUUUGUGUUCACUUUGCGAAAUUUUACGUGCUGAUGGAAGACGGAUGACUAUUCUGAGUCUCUGUUGUACUUAAAAACCUACGAAGGUGAGAUUUCCUAUUGACCAGAACAGAAUUCGCACAGGUUGUACGGGUUGCUAUUGUUCUGCCUUUCAAAUCGGAAUCACAGGUUGUGUAUGCGUGGUUAUUUUAUUGACCGUAUAUGCAUUGCUUGACAGCUCUUAAGAGAAAGAUAAGGUUGAUUGGUGACGCUCUGUCCAGACUUCUCUCAUCACCGCUGCUACCACCAGGGAUGCUGAGAGGCAAAACCCGAGGGAUCGAUUUUCGAGUGCGUUCCUUCCACUCAUUUUCAAGUCAUUUACCAUUGCCAUGUGUGUAUAUCUUCUAUAAUUUUCAUUUCACAACAUAGGGUACAUUCGCCCGAGCAUUUAUAGUAUGAAUCAACCCGGGGCAAAUGAUACUUGUGUUGUGACAUAGAAAUCUGAAUCAUGAAUCAAAAGAUUUACAGGGUAGUCACAUCAACCUUGUCAAUCGUUUGAUUCAUGGUACAGGUGAGGCAUUCUUGAGACUGCUUAGUACAGAAGGCCGCUCAGAUUUCAAAUAGUUAGAAUGCAGAGUUAUCUACGAGUUGGCCGUAGAACCUUCUCUUUUAACCCCAAAUUUACCGACGAAAUGGACACAUGCUGUCGAACGCGUGAAGAAAGGAGUCAUCUCAUCAUUACCUUAUUUAAUAGUGCUACUCAACAUCAUUCUGUGAAGCCUAGUUACAUUGGUUGUGCAUGACUUUCUAUUGAGGUCUUCUUAUUGUUGCAAGUGUACUCCUUGUCCUCAACUUAUUGAGGUCAAGUAGUAAACUGAAAACUAGAUAAUUGACU